UUUUUCAUUAUUUAUAUAUCUUUACUAUGUAUAUUUAGCUAUAAAAUAUAUUCAAUCAUACGCUCCUUAUACUUAAAAAUACCUGCUUAGAUAUUAAAAUUGAAAUCAAUGUCAAUGUGCGACACGUAGAUUGGUCGAUUUGAUCGUUGGAUAGUAACAUUGAUAAAACCCACUGUUUUAUGGAUCUUUCGUUUCACAUUUCAUAUUUACUUAAAUAUCUUCAUACUUUUGGACCAUAUGGUCUUUUUAUCAUAAAAUACUCGUAAGAGACUGUUUGAAUUGAGCUACGUAACCAAUUUACAUUUGCUCGCUUGAUUUGUACUGCGAUGUAGUGUAUAAUUAUCUGCAAUAGCUUUCUACGUGGCUUUCAGCGUGUUUGCCAAGUAAAUGUAUCGAAACUGUUCUUAAAAUGUCAGAGUAUUCCACGGAUUCGCUAGAGGAUGCUAAAGAAAUCUCGUCAAGGAAUCAGAAUUCUUUACACGGAAAGUGUAAAAGUGGAUCUAACCUAAAGCCAACUAAAAUCUGUAAUGUUGAUUUACCCACUGAUCUGUCAUUAAUUCAGAAACGAGGGAGGGGUAAAACAUGUAUAGUACUUCAAUGUUUACAUUUGUCUACUAUUAGCAAAAUUACAAUUUCUAUAAAUAGCUUAUGAGCUACUUAAUCAUUAUGAUAUAAUAUCAUUAAGCGAUAUUGAAACGCUAGUAUUAAUUUUUGUCAUUGUAAAUAGAUUGUGUUUCAAUUAGUGUUUAAGCUCUUAGGUAAUACAUAAUUAUUCUCUGAUAUUUAAUACCUUUGCUAAGAAACAGUCAUGAAAAGGUGAGAUCGAUUCACUCGAGGGUAUUGUCUUUCGUCUCGUUUCUUUUUUACCGGAAACGUUUCAGAUAUCGGAUCUAAUGAAACUACGCCGAAUACCCACAAAGACACCGGGACAGCCAGCGGCAGGAAUGCAAUAAUUGCGAACAGAGAACUCGUAGACGCGUCCAAGCGACAAUGCCCGGCAUCUUCGAGGAACGGAAAGCGAGACGUCGCGGAUCGGCUUAAGAGAAACAACACGGACAAUUCAAGACGAGAAGACGGCGUCAACAAGGGAGUCAGUGCAAGGUGUACCAAGCGUUUCUCCAAGACGUUUACAACGAAACGAAGUUGUUGUCCGAAGGAUAUACCGAUGGCUAUGAAGACGGACAAAAAACUCGGAAACGUGCUCGCCCCGAAGGUUCAGCAGGCGAGGAAACCAUGCUCCUAUUUGGAGCUUUAUCGUCGGAGAUUCAGUUAGUCCGAAACGAAAUGAUGUUACUCUUCCUCUUGCUUCGUGACCGACACAAGGGGCGGGAAGAAUACGUUUACGCGAGGCCGCUCGAAACGCCACCGGAACGAUGCAAUUUUCCUCGGAGAACGUUUACUUUGGUCGUGAUUAGAUGUCUUUUCGACGCCGGUGAUAUAUAUCUACGCGGAGGAUUAGAACGUACGAUGGCCAUCUCAGGACCGUCCUUUCUUGUUUGUUUGCCCAUGGUCCAGCCAUGGUCCUGCUUUAUUGUUAUUUGGACGCGUUGAAUUUUUCUUGUAAUUCAAAGCGCGGCGUGUCCACUAGUUCCGGCUCUCCACGGGAAGAAGCGUUGUUUUUGAGAGAGUGGCUAUUUUUAAAAGGUUACGUGUGACAAAGUAUAUACAACGCCCUGGAGAUUACGCGAGAAUUGCUGUAGUUUAAUACCGAAGGGAUUUGACUCGAAACCUUUGAGAUAGGUGGAAGCAUGAAGAAUUUGUCAGGUUGAUAUUAACGAUCUUCAAAUAUUUGCUUUAAGUUUUGUUGUAAAUGUAGACUGAUCUUUAUUAAUGUAAAGAUCAUUAACCCUCGUCUAGCAUAGGAUAGAUUACCGUUGCCACGAGCGUUGGAUAUUUUAUUUUGCAGCGAUUAUGCAAAGAGCUGGCCCAACCUACUGACAUACCCUCUUACCUAAUCUCUACAUAACUAUUUGUUAUUAUAUAAAUUAAUUUAGAAAAUUGAAUCGUUUAUAUAAUUUGAUAGAAUAAAAGUAGGUAAGUAUAACUCAGUAAGUGUUAGAUGAAAUGGGGUAAAUGAACCUUUAAUAAAACCUGCCACGAAAAUAAUAUUAAUUAAAGUAUAAUGCAUAGUUUUCUUCGUAAGUUUCUAAAUAUUGCUUGUUGUAAUGUGAAAAUAUUGAAGAAAUUAAGACAUCGUUUGCUUCCAAAAGUUCGUCAUCUAUGUUCUUUUCACUUUUAAUUAUUUUACAUUAAAAUAUUUCUUUUUAGCCAUAAUAUGAUAUUAAAGUGAAAAAAAAUUAACAAAAAUGUAUUUAUCACGUCUUUUUGUUGCGAUCUUCGUGUGCAACAGUCUAAUAAGAAAGGCGAAGUAUUUGUAAGAGCCAAAACUGCCCUAGCCUUAGGUGUCCGAGGAUUAAGUAUCAAAAGAUUUGGAAAUGUCUUUGCUUCAAGUCGUGUCCAAAAUAGCGAUCGUUACUUUAAUUUCAAACCGGUAGGUUGAAGAACGUCUGGACCAAGAUGUAUCUUUCGUUUCUCGUUGUUCGCAGAUGGACCACAAUACAAGGUUCGAUCCCCAGAGGGUUCCACGUUGUCGGUUUGCGGCGACAGCGAACGAGAGGAGCUCAGUGACGACGAUACACGUUCGUUGGUAACCCCGAGGGACGAUCAGAGCGAGUUGAGUUUUUAUCGGCGUAUAAUCGAGGGAUCUACCGAUCCUACGGCCCUUGCCAACCGAUCCACUAAAACUGUGCGUGGAUCAGCGUUCCAAGACACGGACACUAUCUUCUGUAGUUCGAAAAUGGCUAAACACAACACGUCUGACGAUAAAUCGAAGAGUCUCGGCUACAGGCCGUAUACCAUCGAGGAGUACAAGACUCUGUCGAUACCGAAGCUCGAUCGAUCUCUUGGGCCCGAUAAAGUUGAGAUGCAAGCGAAGAGAGAGUGGCUGAUGCGGCGAAGGUCAUACGGGAACUCGGUUAGCGCGCGAAAUCGCCAACGGAUACUGCUACAAGCGCACAGGAUCAAGACGAAGGAUACUACCGCUGAAAAAUGUUUCCUGCCUUUGAAGGAUCAGCAGAUCGAUGCAAAGAUACAGGAUGAUUCGAUGUCUUUGGCGAUAUUCGAGGAUCAAGAAAUUGCGCAAAAAAAUAGUGAUAUAGAUGGUGACAUGUAUACAAAGAAGAACCGCGACGUUUGCAAGAAACCGUCAUCAAGGAGGUCGUCUAGGAAAUUCGAACGAAGGUCGAGUUUCUGUUCGUCGUUAAAUUCGUACGACAUCAUUGAAGAUUCAUAUUUGGAAUCCCUAAGGCAACGUCAUCUUUACGAGAAGGAGAUGGUAGACCGUAUUAUAAACCAAACACUGUGCUCCUAACUAUGGGGAACACAACAUCGUGAAUAAUUUAGUUGCUGUUCCGGGAAAUUGUGAAUACGAGAUGUGUUGAAAUUGAAAAAUUUCACAUAAGCGUAUCUUUUCUUUAACUCAUUUAAUAGAAUGAAUUCCAGACCGUGGCAAGCAAUUUAACAAGGCUGAGAUAAUUGGAAUGGUAGAUAGAAAAGAAUUGGAAAGUAGAUACUAAUAAAUGAUAAAAGAGAUACUUUUUUUUUUACAAAACAGCACAGUUAGACUUUAAUAUAAAAUUUUUCUUUUUUAAUAGAAGUCUUUCUUCAUAUUCGAUAAUUAAAAUCACAUUACUUUUGUUUUCGUUUACGGGAGCUACGUUAUUAUUAUAAGUUUUCUUUACGAUAACAAAGAACUUACUUAAAUAUCGAUUAUUUCAACGUAGGAUACAUUUACAUUUUCACUGGAAAACGAGUUUCGCUGAACAUUUAAAGCGGUUGUGGAAGCAUUUACAUAAAUCAACUUCCACUGACGGGUACAUUCGUUAGCUGCCAUCUUUUUCUUCGGCUGCUUCCGAAUUUCUCUAAUUUUUUUUUCUUGCGCAAGGAUCUCCGGUACCAAUCGUCUUCUCUUAUCAGGGACAAGACGUUUCUAAAUAAAUUAUACUUCAAUGCCGUACACUCUAGAGAUUAGUCGAUCGAUGAAAUAUUUAAACUUAAUUCCAUCUAGAUGACUUAUUCAUUAAAUGUUAUCUGAGGGUUCAUGGUCGGUGGAGUAUAGGUACUAGCUGCCAUGACGGCGCUUAUACAGCCGGUCACGCAUAACUAUGUAUACUUUUCUAUUCAUACCGGCAACUAGACUGUAUGAUACACCGGGGAAUGCGGGAUCCCGCAAGCUGUCUCGGCAAAUUCAGAAAUUAUUCAACACUUUUUGACGUCUCGAGUACCUGGCGGUCUGGUUUGCCAGAAAUGUUAACCUGUGUUAGGGCUUCACUAGGCGGACUCACGGACCGCUUUUAUCCGCGAUCAUCCACCGGAUUAUCCGCAGGAAAAGAAUUUAGUGGGUCCCGAGAUCAAGAAUUCCGAUCUGUCUCCUUUUUUUGCAAGUUCGUUUCCUUAUGUAUCGCGAGCGGUUUCAUGAAUAGGUAAUUGGGUUCGCACAAAGUUGUCAUUGCAAAAACAACUUUAAUUCAGGCGUGCCGAACGUUUCAACUCUUUUUAUUCCACUUUCUUAAUAAUUUAAGACCGGAUGUUCAUUAAUUAUCAGGAAACUCGCGAAAAUUUUUGGUAAAACUGAACAUGCAACGGAUAACAACUGUCUGAAAAGUUGGAUUCUGACGCAGCUAUUUAAUUUCCGCGUGGCGGACUGUUAUUAUCAAGUUCGAGUUUUAACGUGUUAUCUUAGGGAUAGGAGAAAGGUAAUCAUGCAAAUACGAUAACACCUGUCCAUGGUUUUCUAAGGCUUUAAACGUUGGACAGAAGUUAAAUUGAAUACGGACUCGACAUUUAUUCAAAGGAUACCGGCGUGGAGAGAUCCCCUUGGAAAUGUCUGUACUGAAAUUCGAGCGUGAAAGUAUUGAGGCGGUGAAAUUGAAUUUUAACUAGACUAAUUGAAUUGGAAUCGAAUGGAUCGUUUAAUUUAAUGCUUAAGCACAAAAAAAAAAGAUAAUAGUAAAUGCAUCAAAAAUUAAUUCUUUAUUUUAUA